AUGUUCAAUGGUAUUGGUGAGAUCAAACUGUAGGUAAAACCAGAUUUACAUUCCCUCUCCAUCUCUCCCUCCCCCACCUCUCCCUCCAUUACAGACUGUGUCCAGCUCCUCCUCUCCUGUCGUUUAUUGCACUGUAUUUGCAUAAUGAAGGCUGCGAUUAAUUAAGAUCCCACAGCAGUCUGGAGGGAGGGAGAGAUGGUGGGGGUAAAAUGAGGGGUAGGGAGGGCAUGGAAGGAGGGAGGGGAUGAAGAGAGGGAAGAGGUUGAUCCACUGCUCGUUAGUCUCCAGAUAAUCUCUGUGCACCCAUAAAUAAAAUAUUGCGUAAUUCGGUCAGCUGCAAUUUGAUUAACUUCUGCGUUCAUACAUGUUAGAAAUUGAGAUCUGGCAAAAAUGAAGUCUCCACCCUCUCAAAAGAAAACUCUCAGCCAAAGCCACCCCCGCCCGUCCCGUCCGUCAGUCAACGUGGGCACACCCACAAACCAGCCGAGGCGAAGCUGUUUAAGCCUGUCUUCGACCAAUCAUGACAAAUCCAAAUAACCAGUGACGAAAAACUAAAAAACCGAACUACUGCUGCGUGAUCUAACACUGUCACAUAUCCCUUUCAGUCCUGGCAGAUUCUCUCGGUCUACACGCAGAAUCUGCACAUCGGAGAUUAGUCUCCAGACAUGAGCAUAUCCAGUCACGUCCAACCAUGUGGCACGGUUUAGGGGUGUGAGGUGGGAUGGGGUGGUGGGGAGCAGGGUGAGGAAAAUGUUGCAGCGCGAUUAAAUCACUAAUUAUGAUUGGCUGUUGAAAUUAGUCCAUCACUUUUCAUUAUCAACAGAGGAGAUAACCAGACACACAGACAGCAGCGCCUACUGCCUGGUUCUGCUUGUGUCUGUGGUCUGGCCUUUGGACUGCAGCAAUCUGACUGGCAGGGAAAGAACACACAUGGUGAAUCCCAAAAGUUUAAAAUCCAUCUUCUCAUUGAUUCCUCCAUCCUUGUUUUCUCUGUGAACUUGAAAUCCUUAACAGGCCACCAUAUGUAAGACUGUCUCAUUCUUCUUCUGCUGUAAAUGUUCCCUCAGUCUGAUACAUCAUACACUCUUAGAACCUAAAAGGAAACCUAGAACCUAAAAGGGUUAUUUGGCUGUCCCCAUAGGAGAACCCUUUGAAGAACCUUUUUGGUUCCAGGUAGAACCCUUUUGGUUGCGGGUGUAACCCUUUUGGUUCCAUGUAGAACCCUUUCUACAGAGGGUUGUACAUGAAACCCAAAAGGGUUCUACCUGGAACCAAAAAGGGUUCUACCUGGAACCAAAAAGGGUUCUCCUAUGGGGACAGCCGAAGAACCCUUUUGGAACCCUUUAUUCUAAGAGUGUAUGAGAUGCCAUUGCCAACACAGGGGUUCAGUGUUUGCUGCUUAGCGGUGCAGAUAAUGAGAGAGGAGAAGGAGGUACUGGUAGAGAGGAAGUAGCAGUCUCAUCCCUCUCCUUCUUGCUGUACUCCUGGGUUCAUGAGGCUAUUGUGCCCCCCCCAUGCCUUUGCCACUCACUGGUUGUUGGUUGUUGUUGACAUUUCGAUCCCAUCUGAAGAGUUGCAUUGACUUAGCGGACUAAGACGUUUCAAUCCCCAGGUUCGAACCGGUCUGUCACAUAAGCAUGUGUGACUGCUUUCUUAAGUAUUUAACCAGCCUGUUAGCGGCCGUAAGCAUCUGUUGUGUUGUGUCGUGUUUGGUGCAGUGCCAACUCUCUGUCUUUCUCCCCUGGUGUAGUGCCAACUCUUGGUCUGUCCCCCCCCCCCGAAAGAUGCCAUUGCUGGUAAACUGGCAACCGUUGCCCUGGCACUCCUCGCCGGAUUUGUCCAAACAAUCCAACAAACAUUGAUUAGCGAUGAAUCCUCUCUAGUGAAUCUCCUCUCUCCGAUCAAGACAUUUCUCUGCUGCUAGCGCUGUUGUUUUCAAGCGUGCCACGGCAGCUGGCUGGAAUGGCGUCCACUAGCUGGCACAGGGAGGAGAGAGCAAUGGUAGCAGAAGAAGAGAGGAGGAUGGAGGGAGUGGUAUGGUGCCUGUCCUCUGAACGCCAGCUGCCAUUGAUGUGCCUCUCAAAUCGCCCAGCAGAGUCCAUGUUCUUCAUCGUCCUCAUUUCCAUCCCUCCAUCCUCACCCUAAAUUCUCUACUUCCUCUCCUCAUCCUCCUGGAUCUAGUUGUCCUGUCUCGGCUACCCUCCAGGGGUCUCAAGGGCUCUUCCUUCUGUCUUCCUCCAUCCUCUGCAUCUACUCUUUAUAUUUUUUUAACCUUCAUUUACCCCAGUAUGUCAAUUACGAAAAGAAAAAAAUUUGCAAUGCUGACCUAGAAUCGGUGUAUCUUGUCUGUCUGUGGGUACUGGUGUAGCAAUGUGAAAGACUCUCUCUGUUCCUUUUCCUGGCCCCUCUCUCUCUCCACCACCCUCCCCAUGCCAGUGUGUGGGAACCAGCCCUGAGUGGAUGGCACCGUGCCAACCUCAUUCGCAGCUCCUCUAUCCACCGCCCUCUUUCCCCGUCUCUCUCCCUCCCUCUAUAUCUCCCUGCCUCUUUCUCUGUCUCUCCUGCUAUAUAUCUCUAUGUCUGUCUGUGUCUGUCUCUCUAUCUGCCUUUGUUUCUCUGUUUUUAUGUCUCUGUCUGUCCCUGUCUCUGUCUGUCUCUAUGUCUCUCUCUCCCCAGCUCCCGGUGUGUUUUCAGGUGAAGCCCUGAAGGUAGUUUGAUUACCCCCUCCCUCUGGGGUAUAUAUAACACACAGCACACAAUAAACACAUGCACCAGGAAUCCAGGAAAGGAAUCCCAGAUCCCCCACACACACAAACACACACAAACACACACGCACACACACACACACACACACACUGGCCAUUACUAGAUAAGACCACUGUAAGAUUAAUGAGAGGUCAUUUUGCUCGUUUUUAAAUGGUGUUCACUUCUCUCCUUCCUAUUCUUCCUCCUAUUGUUUUUCCUUUAAACUCUCCUUUAUCGUCAAACAAAACAUACUAUAAUAGAUGGUUAUUAUGCUAAUGAAUGUCAUGUAUGUAGUCAUGUAGUGAAUAUGCAAAUAAAGUAUGUAAUUUAUGCAAGGCUGGAGGGGGAGGAUUCCUCCUAUCUUCUGUUCUAUCCUACAUUAUUACACACCUCCAUUCUCUCUCUCAUUUCCUUCAUCCUCCAUCCUCUCUCUUCUACUCUAUCUUAUUUUCUCUACCCUCCAUUUUAUCACACACACCUCCUUUCCCAUUCUCCUUUUCUCAAGCCUCUAUACUAUCUCCAUAGCCACGGGAAGUAGGGGUGCUGAGGGUGCUGCAGCUCCCCCUGAGAAUAAAUCAAAAAUAAUAAUACUAAUGAAAAAAAAAGAUGAGUCUUGUGUGAACUAGGGCUUUAUUACUCCUGUUUGAGCGGACAAAAUACUCUUCAGCCCCCCUAAAAAUCUUCCUGCAGCUAUGACUAUCUUCCUUCAUUCUCUAUUUCUCUACUAUCCUCUUUUUCUUCAGGUCCCCUCCACCCUUCUCUCAAAGCAUCCAGAAGUGGAUGGUCUCUCAUAUCCAACCUCUGUUCUCCUCUCCUCUAUUUUCAUUUCCUCCCUCCUCUCUUCCUCUCUCUAUUUCUGCUCUCUAAACAUCCCUACAGUGAUCCACAAAACCAACAGCUGAGUGUUUGAUCAGGCUCUGGAAUAUGAACACUGAAUUAUAUACCCAACCUCCACUGUGUGUGUGUUCCUGUGUGUGUAUGUUAAUGUUUCUGCUUCUAACGGUGUGUGUGUAUUCCUGUAAUCUUAUUAUGCUGUUCACGUAGAUGGCAGAGUGUGUUGCUAUGGCGGUUGCUAUAGGGCUAGGUGGUCCCGUCGAGCACACAUCACAGCUAGACUUCUUCUCUGAUACCUGGCAAUGAAGAUAAGUGUUCUCUCUGUUUUAUAGCCAGACUUCAGCUCUGAUACCUGGCAAUGAAGAUAAGUGUUCUCUCUGUUUUAUAGCCAGACUUCAGCUCUGAUACCUGGCAAUGAAGAUAAGUGUUCUCUCUGUUUUAUAGCCAGACUUCAGCUCUGAUACCUGGCAAUGAAGAUAAGUGUUCUCUCUGUUUUAUAGCCAGACUUCAGCUCUGAUACCUGACAAUGAAGAUAAGUGUUCUCUCUGUUUUAUAGCCAGACUUCAGCUCUGAUACCUGCCAAUGAAGUGGUGUUCUCUAUGUUUCUCCUCACCUCCAUUAACCCCUCAGCCUCUCUCUGUCCUCCUGCGCUCCACCAGCUGAUUCACUCAAUGCUUCUAAAGAGCUAUCGACCACUGUGGGAAAACAGAGGAGAGACGGAGCGAUAGAGAGAGGGAGAAGUAAAGAGAGAGGAGAAAAGGUGAGAGAGAACAAGAGAGAGAAUAGGUGAAUGGGAAAGUCUUUGCUAUCAUGGACCAAGUGCCGAAUUGGGAUGUAUGGUUAAGGUUAUGUAUUUAUGAGCCGUAACCAUGGUUAUGGUGAAGAAAUAAAAAAUAUUCCUCCUGCUGUGGGAGGAGGAUGCAAUCGUGUGUAUCUCUGUGUGUUUGGUCCCCUCCCCUCCCCCUCAUGUUUCUACAUGGCAGAUCUCCCUAAUAUAAUAACUGUGUCUGCAUGUCUGAUUUACACCAAGAGAGAGUACAUAGCCAGUGGUUAAUUACUGUGUGUGUGUGUGUGUGUGUGUGUGUGUGUGUGUGUGUGUGUGUGCGUGUGUGUGUGCGUGUGCAAGCGCGUGCAUGCCUGUGUGUCAGAAUGAUUUAUGAGUUGCAAAUAGCUAUUCCAGUGGCUCGUUUCUCCUCACUUAGUUUUUAAUCUGUCUUUCCAUUAAUUCUCCUGGAGAUGUUAUGAUGGGUUUUAUAGGGGCGUGCACGUGUGUAUGUGUGUACCUGUGUGUUAAGGAGACAGAGCCGAGGACAAAGACUUGGAGGUACAGAGCAACACUAUUGUCUGCUCAUUUACUCUUUAUCUCUCUCCCCUCUCUCUCCUGCGCUCCUCUCUUCUCCUUUCACCUCUCUCUCUCUCUCUCUUUGAUCUCUUAGGUAUGCAUUCAAAACAGAUCUUUAUUGAUAGCACAAGACAGCAGAGGGAAACAGCAGGUCAAUGUGUUUAGCCUGAGGGCAGAUUGGUCCAUUCACUGAUCUGUCUGUUAGUGAGAAACUGAGAGAGAAGCCAGCUAAUCUCCCCCUGUUCUCUAUUGAUCACACACUUAGAGACUACAUACCCUGUCUAAACACUAUUGAUCUCUCUCUCCCUCUCUCGCAUCCCUUCUGUAUAGUAUGAGGAUCAAGAGAAUAAAUUAAAGUUAUGAAAGUUGGUGGGAGAGGUUAUAGGAUGGCUACACUGGAUGAUGAUGAUGAUAAUCAUGAUGAUUUGAGUUGUCUUUAGUGUGGAGAGGGGAGCUGAGGGGUACUCCGGAGCACCAUGAGCGUAGGAAAUGACUAAUGGCUUUCAUAUUUUAGACUUGUGUGCCCUCUACUGGUCAGAAUGUUGCAUUGCAUCACAUCAGAUUACAAAACAAGAGUUGGACUGUGUUUGUUUAACUAGUGAUCAGCUGUUUAAUAAAUCGUUAAUGUUCCACUAGAUAGCAUAGCCACAAAGUCAAAAUAAGGACUACUUAAGUCGUUUUUUUGGUUAUCUGUACUUUACUUUACUAUUUAUAUUUUGGACAACUUUUACUUUUACUUCACUACAUUCCUAAAUAAAAUAAUGUACUUCUCACUCCAUACAUAUUCCCUGACACCCAAAAGUACUCAUUACAUUUUGAAUGCUUAUCAGGACAGGAAAAUUGUCCAAUUCACACACUUAUCAAGAUAACAUCCCUGGUCAUCCCUACUGCCUCUAAUCUGGCGGACUCACUAAACACAAAUUAUUGGUUUGUAAAUUAUGUGCUGGAGUGUGCCCCUGCCUAUCCGUACAUUAAUAAAACACGAAAAUGGUGGCAUCUGGUUUGCUUAGUAUAAGGAAUUUGAAAUGAUUUAUGCUUUUAAUUUUACAGUUGAUACUUAAGUAUAUUUUAGCAAUUAUAUUUACUUUUGAUACUUAAGUAUAUUUAAAAGCAAAUAAUCUUAGACUUUUACUCAAGUAGUAUUUUACUGGGUGACUUUCACUUUUACUUACUUUCUAUUAAGGUAUCUUUACUUUUACUCAAGUAUGAAAAUUGGGUACUUUUUCCACCACUGCUGGUGGGGAGAGAGGACGCCGAAGGCUUCUUCUGUCCGUACUGGGACACAACGAUACCCGGACACAGUUCCUGACCUGACGCUCAUCCAGCCUCUAGCCACAGCUCACAACAACAGCCUGCACACCACCCUCAGCUCCAUCUAUCUGGAGUACUUCUCCAAGGUAGGACUGUGUGUGUGUGUGUAUUUUGAUAAUCCAGAAAGGUAUCAUAGAUACUCUCAACACAAUUAGAUUUGUUAGUUUGAUAGUUGUGUUUUGUUUGUUGUAAUGUAUUGUAUUUGUAGAGCAGAGACAGAGACUGUUUUGAACCUCUAACAUUGUGAAGCUGUAUAUAUGAGCAUAAUUGUCUGCCUGUUACAGGAUGAGGAUGAUGAGCUGGCGGUGGGUCUGGCUCUGUCCCUACUAGAGGUCAAAGGGCAACAUCAGACCAAUACCAAGCCCCUCUUCCCAGACCCUAAACCCCAGGGUCCUACAGACACCCAGGCUAUGGCAACCUGCAGACCCCAGAAUAGCUCCGUUCAGAGUCAGUCAUUAUCACAUAAUGGUAUCUCCAGCCAGCCUCAGCCAGCUCCUCUGCUCCAGGGUGUGAGCUACGCCCAGCUAGAAGCAGCAGGAGGGAGGAGACAGACUCAGGCUCAGCACCAAGACUCCACAUCACCCAGAGGAUCCUCUGGACAUGGCAGCUCUCCUCAGACACAGACACCCAACCAAGAACCAUACAGAGACAGACAUAAAAGGGUCUAACCCCAUUCAGGAUGUGUGUACCUCUAUUGCCACUUUGACAUCCAAUCUCAACCAAGCCAAAGAUGAAGUCACAGUGGAGUGCGACGUGGACCAAUUGGAGAAGCCAAAGCGCUAAAGAACCGGCGUCAACAGUGGAAGGGGUGUGGUCAGCAGGUGGUGGGUGUGCCUCGUUGCCCCUCCACUCCUCUUUGCAUAUCUUCUCCAAGUCAUUAAGGUUUCGAGGCUGACGUUUGGCAACUCGAACCUUCAGCUCCCUCCACAGAUUUUCUAUGGGAUUAAGGUCUGGAGACUGGCUAGGCCACUCCAGGACCUUAAUGUGCUUCUUCUUGAGCCACUCCUUUGUUGCCUUGGCCGUGUGUUUUGGGUCAUUGUCAUGCUGGAAUACCCAUCCACGACCCAUUGUCAAUGCCCUGGCUGAGGGAAGGAGGUUCUCACCCAAGAUUUGACGGUACAUGGCCCCGUCCAUUGUCCCUUUGAUGCGGUGAAGUUGUCCUGUCUCCUUAGCAGAAAAACACCCCCAAAGCAUAAUAUUUCCACCUCCAUGUUUGACAGUGGGGAUGGUGUUCUUGGGGUCAUAGGCAGCAUUCCUCCUCCUCCAAACACGGCGAGUUGAGUUGAUGCCAAAGAACUCCAUUUUGGUCUCAUCUGACAACAACACUUUCACCCAGUUCUCCUCUGAAUCAUUCUGAUGUUCAUUGUCAAACUUCAGACGGGCAUGUAUAUGUGCUUUCUUGAGCAGGGGGACCUUGCGGGCGCUGCAGGAUUUCAGUCCUUCACGGCGUAGUGUGUUACCAAUUGUUUUCUUGGUGACUAUGGUCCCAGCUGCCUUGAGAUCAUUGACAAGAUCCUCCUGUGUAGUUCUGGGCUGAUUCCUCAUCGUUCUCAUGAUCAUUGCAACUCCACGUGGUGAGAUCUUGCAUGGAGCCCCAGGCCGAGGGAGAUUGACAGUUAUUUUGUGUUUCUUCCAUUUGCGAAUAAUCGCACCAACUGUUGUCACCUUCUCACCAAGCUGCUUGGCGAUGGUCGUGUAGCCCAUUCCAGCCUUGUGUAGGUCUACAAUCUUGUCCCUGACAUCCUUGGAGAGCUCAUUGGCCAUGGUGGAGAGUUUGGAAUCUGAUUGAUUGCUUCUGUGGACAGGUGUCUUUUAUACAGGUAACAAGCUGAGAUUAGGAGCACUGAGUGUGCUCCUAAUCUAAGCUCGUUACCUGUAUAAAAGACACCUGGGAGCCAGAAAUCUUUCUGAUUGAGAGGGGGUCAAAUACUUUUUUCCCUCAUUAAAAUGCAAAUCAAUUUAUAAAAAUUUUGACAUGCGUUUUUCUGGAUUUUGCUGUCUCUCACUGUUCAAAUAAACCUACCAUUAAAAUUAUAGACUGAUCAUUUCUUUGUCAGUGGGCAAACGUACAAAAUAAGCAGGGUAUCAAAUACUUUUUCCCCCUCACUGUACACUGUUACUACUGAGGGGGUGGGACUCAGAGGUAUGGUAAUACUUUUACUAUCACUACUACUAUUAAUGUGUAAUAUGACACAGCAGUAACUCUCUCUUACAUGCACUCUACCUCCACUAGGUAUUGGUUCUGUAUCCCACUUCAUGAGUUGCUGUCAGCAGAACCCUGCUCCGGGGUUAGGGGUUCUCUUGGACCCCCCAAUAUUGCUCUCCUCCCCCUCCGUGUGGCCCGGGGGCUGCCCUCUGAAGGGUCUGGGACUGGCACUCAUGCCCCAAAGGAAGGAUGGAACCACGGUCAGUAACCCCUCAACGUACAGACAGAUUGGUCUGGGAUAUUGUUGUUGGGGUAUAUGUUUAUGUGUGUGUUUGUGUGUCUGUUCCAGGUUGACUGGGCGGCUAACAUCAGGAGUUCCUGGGACUUCAGUGAGGAGGGGGCCCAGUCCUUCAGCAGCCUCCAACUGCUCUUAAACACUAGUAAAACUAAAUGCAUGCUCUUCAAUCGAACGCUGCUGGCACCCGCCCACCCGACUAGAAUCACCACUCUCGACGGGUCUGACCUAGAGUAUGUGGACAACUACAAAUACCUAGGUGUCUGGUUAGACUGUAAACUCAACUUCCAGACUCACAUAAAGAAUCUCCAAUCCAAAGUUAAAUCUAGAAUCGGCUUCCUAUUUCGCAAUAAAGCCUCCUUCACUCAUGCUGCCAAACAUGCCCUCGUAAAACUGACUAUCCUACCGAUCCUUGACUUCGGCGAUGUAAUUUACAAAAUAGCCUCCAACACUCUACUCAGCAAAUUGGAUGUAGUCUAUCACAGUGCCAUCCGUUUUGUCUCCAAAGCCCCAUACACUACCCACCACUGUGACCUGUACGCUCUUGUUGGCUGGUCCUCACUACAUGUUCGUCGUCAAACCCACUGGCUCCAGGCCAUCUAUAAAUCACUGCUAGGCAAAUCCCCGCCUUAUCUUAGCUCAUUGGUCACCAUAGCAGCACCCACCCGUAGUCUGCGCUCCAGCAGGUAUAUCUCACUGGUCAUUCCCAAAGCCAACACCUCCUUUGGCCGCCAUUCCUUCCAGUUCUCUGCUGCCAAUGACUGGAACGAAUUGCAAAAAUCUCUGAAGCUGGAGACUCUUAUCUCCCUCAAUAACUUUAAGCAUCAGUUGUCAGAGCACCUUACCGAUCACUGCACCUGUACACAGCCCAUCUGAAAUUAGCCCACCCAACUACCUCAUCCCUAUAUUGUUAUUUAUUUUGCUCUUUUGCACCCCAGUAUCUCUAUUUGCACAUAAUCUCUUGCACAUCUAGCAUUCCAGUGUUAAUACUAUUGUAAUUAUUCUGCACUAUAGCCUAUUUAUUGCCUUACCUCCAUAACUUGCUACAUUUGCACACACUGUAUAUUUAUUUUCUGUUGUAUUUCUGACUUUAUGUUUUUUACCCCAUAUGUAACUCUGUGUUGUUUUUAUUGCACUACUUUGCUUUAUCUUGGCCAGGUCGCAGUUGUAAAUGAGAACCUGUUCUCAACUGGCUUACCUGGUUAAAUAAAGGUGAAAUAAAAAAAAAAAAAAAAAAAGUCACUUCUAGAGGCCUUUCUAAACGAUGGUGAGAUAAACACAUCUCCCUAUUUCUAUGUGUAUCCUGGAACGAAACAGCCAUACAGAAUAGAUUCUGACUUGUGUGUGUGUAUUCCAGGUGUGUACAUGUAUGAGAAGGAGUCAGGGCAAGCAGAUGCCCCCAACACCAGCUGUCUGUCUCCUUACCUGCACUUUGGCCGGCUGAGUGCUCGCUGGUUGCUGUGGGACGCAAAAGGGGCAUGCUGCCAACCCCCCAAAUUCAUACAAAAACUGGCCUGGAGAGACCUGGCCUACUGGCAGCUAACACUGUUCCCAGACCUGCCUUGGGAACCAUUGAGACCUCCAUACAAGGUAAGGGCAGGGUUAACACUGAUCCUCUUCCUGGUUUGUAUCCAAUGAAAGCAGAACACUCACUCGCUUCCUGGUUUCUGUCCAAUCAGGUCCUUCGGUGGAGCAGUGAGCGGGGUCAUCUCAAGGCACGGCAGAGGCAGGACAAGUUAUCCUCUAGUACAGUGUUUCCUAACUCCAGUCCUGUAGUACCCCCAACAGCACACAUUUUUGUUGUAGCCUCGGACAAGCACAUUCAAAUUGUUGAAUCAGGUCUGUUUGGGGCAACAACUAAAAUAUGUGCUGUUGGGGGUCCUCGACGACUGGAGUUGGGAAACACUGCUCUAGUAGACAGCUGUGGCUGACUGGAUGGAUGAACAACUAUAUGAGACACGUAGUGGCUUCUUUCCUCAUAGCUUACCUCCAUCUAUCAUGGCAGGAAGGAUCCCGCUGGUUCCAGGUGAAACACACACACACACACACCAGAGUAUAGAGCUGCAGAGCUUUGUCUGUUUAAUUCAUUCACAUUUUACUGUGUGUGUAGGAUACCCUGGUGGAUGCUGACGGGGCCAUCGAUGCCAUGAUGUGGCAGAAUGGAGGCAUGUGUGGUCUAGACCACUGGAACUUUGUCAUGCAUCCUGUUGACGCGACCAUGACCUGUGACCCUAACGGAAAUUACGUCAGGACGUGGUGCCCUGAGCUGCCUGAUGACCUCUUACACAAACCCUGGAAGUGCCCAACUUCCAUGCUGCACUAUGCCGGUGAGAGACAACAGCACCAGCCUUAUCCUAACCUAUACCGUUACCAUAGUUACCCUUAUCUGCCCGAUUUACCCUAACCUCAUUGUAAUAACCUUACCAUAGCCUUAACCUAACCUUACUGUAGUUACCAUAACCCUACCAUACUAUAGCCUUGCCCCUAAGUUAACCCAACUCUCAUGUGUUUCUCUGUAUAGAAUUGUGAGUGUUACACUUCCCUUAUUACUCUACACUUUAGCUAAAGCUCAGCCUCUCCCUCUAGGUGUAGUCCUAUGCCAGUCUUACCCAGAGCGUGUGGUGACAGAUCUGGAGGAGAGGAAAGGAGAAGCCAGUCUCUGCAGGACGUUGCGUUGAUGAGGAGGCGUUUUGGGGAGUACGUGGACCUGGUCCCCCUGCCCCUCCCGCCUGGUCUCGGAGGCCCUGGGUGUACGUCAACGCAAUGCUUCUACUGUAUCGUGUCUCAUGAGUGGUCCUCAGUACCGUUUUUCCUGUUUCAUUUCUUUUUUAAUGCCUUGAGCCAUUUUCUAGUGGUGUAUUUUAUGUACAAAUGUCACACUGUGAAUUUUGCUAAAUUAAGUGAGUGACAUAACUUCUCUCUCUUUCUCUCUGUCAGGGAGGUCUGGUCAACACAGAUAGGCUGUUCCUCCUGCCUGUCAUCACCCGCAUGGAGUUCAACACCAAUUAGAUGAUCCAGACGCGGACGCUGCCUCUAACCCCUACAACACUGUUCUGAAGAGUUAUGUGAGCCGCAGGUGGGAUGAGACCAUCGCCUUCCUGAACCAGACAGACUUCAUGGCCAGCGUGAUGAACGAGGGAGCGGAGGAGGAUAGACUGCCACGCCCCCAUGUGGCCCGGGGAAGGGUUAGGAGGUCUCUGCUGCCAAGGCCAGGUUCUCCUCUGUGCCUGGGGAGUGGCUACAUCUCACAGAUGACCAAGAGGGCAGGGGUUAAAGGUCAGCGAAUGACUACACUGGUAGAACUGUUACAAAACUGGGUACCACAUAAUGGGAUAGAGGUUAAGGGUUAGUCUGUGUAACAAGGACAAACUGCUGUUUACAUUAAUUGGUUUACAUUUCAGUCCUUUACCAAAGCCAUUUAUAAUAAGAUCAUUCAGGCAGAAUCAACCGCAAGCACUGCUCCUAGGUGUCAUUGUGUUAAAAAGUGCAAUAUUUGUACCAAGGAACUAAAGCAAAUAUAAUAAAUAUUAAUGAAAAAUUUAGAUUUUCCUCGAAGAUAUUGUAUAAAAUAUAAGUGCUGUCUUUCCAAACUAGUAUCAGACUACAAAGACAUCUCAGUGAAAGUACUCAGGGGGGAUGAAGUGGACAGGACAGAGUAAACACACACAAGGAAGUGCAAGUCAAGAGUUUUAUUUCUAUGUCUCAUCUCCAUAGUGCCAGUACAUGAUGUGCAUACAGAGGCACAACAUAUAGUAGAAACCAGCCUGCUCCAGAUCCAAAGUGCUUUAUUGUUAGUCCCUUCCCCUCCAGAUGGACUGAUCCUGACAGCUGUAUUUGAUAGAGUGAAAUUCUGAGGACAAUUUUUCCCAGUAGUGUUCAGUCUUGAUGCUACGUUCAUAACCAAGUGGGAAGGUGGUAUUUACCACGUACGACUGGGAAAAAUCCACUUGAACCCCCCUACAACUCGUAAUUACUAGUGGGAAACUCGUCUAUCAUCCCUGAGCUCCGACUUCUGCUGACCUCUGGAGUCACCCACUAAGGAAAUGACCUCAAACAGCAUUUUCGGCAAUUAAAUGUAACAAAACAUUAAUUUAUAAAAAGCAAAUCUAUUAAUAUGUUUUUGAACACUCAUUUGUUUACAAGCAUGAUAGCUUGUCUUUUAGUUUGUUUGACACAGCUUGUUGGCCAUUAGCCAACCAGCACUUCUCAACGAGUUAAAAGCAUGUGAAUACAUCCAACUGGUAUUCAUUAUUUCACAACUGGUAUAAUUAACACCUUCCCACUUAAUUAUGAAUGCAGCAUAAGUUCCUCAUCCCCUGUGCUUGGGGCAGGCUUUGAGUGGAAGAUUGAGGAUGAAUCUUAAGCCUUUUCCUCAAUUAUUUGUGUCCUCAACUCCUCAAAACAUCAGAACAAAACCCUCUAAUGUUUUAAGGAGGCGGAGAGAGGACACAAGGACUCAAGGGUAAGACUUGAGAUUCAUCCAGAGACUGCAUCAGGACUCGUACAGUAUCACUCCACAUCAGCCAUAUCAGUCAUGCUACGUGUGUAAGACAUUUGCCCCCAGCAUCCCCAUUAGGUCACAUUCAUUACCAGUACACUAAAGGCUCCUAA